CUCACUUCCCCCUCUUCUCCACCUUCAUAGUAGAAACUUACCUCUUCUCCACCACACUUGCAGAAAAUCUCACGACAACACCAGAAUUCCAUUCCCUCAUUAUUACUAUAAGGUAUGUAUGAAUUUGCUUAGUAUGAUCAUGUUUAAGUAGUUGUGUGUUUGUGCUUCACUAAUUAAGCAUUUUGUUAAUUGUGCUAAAUAUAUUUGAAUUAAAGUUGAAUGUAUGAUGACUUAUGGUUUGGAUGUUAUAUACUUAUAUGUGAUCAUUACAUAUUUUAAAUUGCAGACAUGAGUAGAUUUCGAAAGUUCCAUCUUUUUACUCUGUGGAAUGUAUGACAAUGACAAUGUAUGUUAUAUGUGGUCGUUCCUUAUGCUAAUUAUGUUCUUUCUUGAGUUUUGUUAGUCGUAUGACAAUGACAAGUCAUUAAAGGUUAAUAAUGAUAAUGAUUCGACAGUGAUAUACUAUCAUUACUACAUGAGUUCAGAAGUCAAAGUUAUUGACAUCAAGUUUCUGGAGGUUAAAUAGAAGGUUCAAAAUAGACAAGUUUCUAAUUAAACAUAAAGUGCAUUACCCAUGAGUUAAAGGUUUGACACCUAAAGUUUUUCAUCAACAUACUGCUCGCAUGAGAGUUUUUCGGAUGGUACUUUUGUUUAGUGGGAGUCAUUUAUGGAUAUUCAAUAGAUUAUGACUAAAUCAAUUUUUGCAUAAUAAAGUGAUGGUUUACUAGAGUCUAUAUUGGAUUUUAAGUGCCUUCAGUUAUGCAAUGGUUACAUUAUAUGAAGGAAUUUCUGUUGAUCUCGCUAAAAAUUAAAGUUUGACAAGUUCAAAAUGAGCUUUUUCAAGUUCAUAUUGCAUUUAAUUUUAAUGCCACUCAUCCGUAUUUAAUCUAUGUCAUUGAGUGUAUUGGUGUAGUGAUCAUGUUGGUUUAAUUAUUGUCAUGUCGUGAUUAAAGCCGCAUUAGUUCCACUACAAUACAUGAUCUGGACAAGAUUGUUUCAUGAGAUGUCUAAUCACAAGUAGCAUACAGUUGCGCAGCUAAAGAAAUUUAAUUUUCGACAAAAAUAUGCAGUCCAAGCGGGGGAUGUUUUAGAAAUAUUAUUUUUCAAUUAUUAUGAGCCACAUAUCUUUCACAAUUAUAUUAGCCAUUUGAUUAUGUGGGCUAAUUGCAGGUAAUCCAAAUUAUGAGCCCAAAGAUGUCUUGUUUUGAUAUGGAUCUAAAUGGUGGAAACCCAGUUCUCACGCACUAAAAGUGGGGUGUUUGCAUGAUCGAUUUGAAUCAAUCAUGAAUUUUGUCUAAACUCUAUUAUUUGGUUCAUGAAUUUAGCGGCAACAAAUUCGUGGACCCCACAGACUUUAAGAGUCCGUGGUGGAAUAGCAUUUAAAGACCAUUUUAGUUGUUGUGCUUCCUAACACACCAAGACCAAUAUACUAAGAGGUUUUGUAGAUAAUGGGCUUUUCUUUUGCAUCUUCCCCCUUCCCGAGCGUCGAGCGACGCAUCUUCCCCGAUUUCUCGACUCAAUACCUACGCCAAGCAAAUCUAAACCCUAGAGCAAAGCAAUCGUCCUUUUCCGCCGUCGUCUUCCCACGUGCCAACAAACGACUAUGAUACUAGAGAAUUAGCAUCAUUUACCAAAAUCCCACCUUGUUGCUUGGCCGAGUCGCCACGCCACUGAAUUGAUCCGUAACCGGCAUUGAUACUUAACUCUGCUCCUCGACUCCAACUCUACUCCCCACCCCUAUUACGGUCAGGAAAUCCAGGAAUCCGAAAUGGCAGCUUACCCAUCUAGCAUCAGGCUCUCGCAAGCUCUUGAUUUUCACAGAGACGUCACCAUUAGCCGGGCAUGGCGUCCGAAUCCGACGAUCCGCCCCAGGUUCAGAACCUCAGCCUUUCCGUCCGUCAGAAAUCAGAAACUAGGCAUCGUUAUGAGUAUGUCUGGGCCGGACGACCCGACCCAUUCGAGCGGCGUGGCUGAGAUGAUUGUCAAAGGAGACGGUACUGAUUUCGGGUCCGGGAAGGCUAAUGGUUUACUGGACAGUGGAAGCGAACUGAAGACUGACAGUGGCUCCGGUGGAAAUGGGAGCUUUUCGGGUGGUGGAGGGGGCGGAACCGGUGGCGGAGGAGGUGGCGGCGGCAGCGGCAGCGGCGAUGAAGGGGAGAAAGGGGAAGAAGAGGAUGAUCAGUUUGGGCCGCUUAUGAAGUUUGAAGAGGUGAUCAAGGAGACGGAGGCUAGAGGGGCAACCCUUCCUUCUGACAUGCUGGAGGCUGCAAAGACUGAGGGGAUCCGUAAAUUGCUUCUCUUCAGAUACUUGGAGUUGCAGGGUGCUGGUGGAAUUUUGGGCUUUCUGAUGCAGUCUUGUUCUAUUCUUCGGAAUAGAAUGUUGGCAGAUCCCUCAUUUCUUUUCAAAAUUGGAACUGAGAUAGUAAUUGACACUUGUUGUGCCACAUUUGCUGAAGUUCAAAAGAGGGGCAAGGACUUUUGGGCGGAGUUUGAACUGUAUGUUGCAGAUAUGUUGGUCGGUGUGGUGGUUAACAUAGCUUUAGUUGGUAUGUUGGCACCUUAUGCACGUUUUGGAAAGUUAGCAGCUUCCAAGGGUUUACUGGGACAACUCCAAUAUGCUUAUUCAGCUCUUCCCAGUAGCGUGUUUGAAGCUGAAAGGCCAGGGUGCAGAUUCUCCACCAAGCAGAGACUUGCCACCUACUUCUUCAAGGGUUUCAUGUACGGGGCAGUCGGGUUUUCAUGCGGUAUUGUAGGCCAAGGCAUAGCAAAUCUCCUCAUGACUGCUAAGAGGAGCAUAAAGAAGUCAGAAGAAGACGUACCAGUGCCACCACUGGUGAAGAGUGCAGCUCUCUGGGGUGUUUUCAUGGCAGUGUCGUCCAAUACCCGGUACCAAGUCGUUAAUGGAUUGGAAUGCCUUGUAGAGGCAUCACCUCUGGCAAAGAGGAUCCCACCAGUUGCUAUGGCCUUCACCGUUGGGGUUCGAUUCGCCAACAAUGUAUACGGUGGAAUGCAGUUUGUCGACUGGGCUAGAUGGAGUGGUGUACAGUAGUUGGGGUGAGGGGAAUGUUUUAGUAAUCUGUUGUAUCAUCAUUUUUUAAUGGCUGCGACUGCAAUUAGGUCUUUUCCUUUGCCUAGGUGCAAAUGAAAUGAAAUCAGCAGAUGUAGCAAGUAUUUUGCCUCAACGAAUGGGUCUUGAUGUCGGCCUUUGUAUUAGGGGUUGGCAUUCGGUCGUUUCGGUCAAACCUGAACCGAACUCGAUCGAACUUGACUCUAACUACACCUCUAUCAGCAAUUGAGUUUGAACUUAACUGUAUUUCGGUUAUUUUUACUUUGCACCAGAAGCACACUUAUGCUCAUAUUCUGCCAAACUACUAAAACCAAUCACCCAAACAGCAAGUACACACCACUUCUCACAUCCAUAGACAGUGACCUAGAUCAGUUCACAUUCGUUGGAGCGCCUAGCGUUUUUCUCGCUAAAAUCGACAACCAACUCCAUGGCGGAAGAGGAAGUCACAAGUGGAGAUUGACAAUGUCGAUGAAGUUUGGAGUAGAGAAGCUCACCGCGUCUUUUGCGGAGAAGACGGAGGAGAAUUGUUGUUUGUUCGUACUUGCAACGACUGUUGGUCAGCGAUUGUCGUUGUAGGAGGCAAUAUAGUAAAAAACGUGUCUUAAAAUUCAAAAACGCACGUUUUUACGUUUAUGACUAGGCAAAACGCUUCAGUUUCUAUAUAAAAACGUAUUGUAUGUAAAAACGUUAAAAAGGGUAAAAUCGAUCAAAAAAGCGUUUCUGAUGUGUUUUUGUACGUUUUCAGUUAAAGGAAUUUCAACCAAUCUCACACCGUCUCCAAACAAACCAGGAAUCAGAACAUUGAUCCCUACGAUCAAAUCAACCCACAACCAGUAUUAAACAUGUCCUCAAAGUUUGAGGACGAUCCAAUGGUUGGUUUCUUUGGAGUCCUCCCUGGAACCAAAUGCCCAGCUAUAAGAAAAUAAGGUUGCAUCCUGUCUAACCAACAAUAUUUUUCCACUAACCAGAAAUCAUAACGACAAUCCCAACAGUCGGAUCGGAUUCCAUAAAGUAUGGAACGUGUUCUGCAAAUUUGAGGACGAUCCAACGACGGUUUGUAUUGGAAUUCUCUCUUGAACUCAUUGCUUUGCCGCAAAACGUAAACUUGGUUGCCACUUAAACCAUCCAACUUUCCAUUAGUUAUAAUUAAGCUCUUCACUUUUCAAUUCCCUUAACACUCUUUUAGAUUUAAAAUGAGUUUAAUCAUAAGCCAAUUAAUCAAACACCUUCCUCAUGUCGUAGUUAAUCAAUUCAACUAUUGCUUCAUAUUUAAAAAUUGCUCAAUAUUGGGAUGGCGUUACCUUGAUUCAAUAGGAAAAGCAUGGUGUCAGAGUUGAGAAGGCCCGCGGUGGGAGAGACCACGACAACCACAUGCAGGCAGUAGGGAGUGGAAGGGUCGCGGUGGGAGAGGGAGACCCGACGACAAAGGAAGCUGGGCGCGAUCCCUCUGCGGAAAGAGUGGAGUUGUGGUCGGCGACUGAUGCAAUGUAGUUGUCAGCGGAGGAAUUCUUAUCCAAUUCAAGGUGGCCACGCUAAGGGGCAUGGUUAUACAAUUUCGACACGCCCUGUCCACCUCCUCCCCUCUCGACCGCGUUCUAUGCACAUUCUAUCUCAAUUUCUUACAAUAUGUAUUUAUAUUUCUCAUAUUUUGUUUUUCCUAACUAGUUAGACUUGAUUUUUCACCUAAUUAGAACGUGGUUUUAUACGUACACUAACAACAAAUAGAGUAAAAAUAGAAGUAAAUCACUCAAUUAUUUAUUUUAUUAUCACUAUUUUCAUUCCUUAAGCAAUUUUUCUUUAUUUUAAUGUAAAAAGUAUAUUUUGACUAUAUUUUUUUCAAAUAAAAUGUAAAAGUGGGU